GACCAUUUGAGAUCCGUGUUUCGAUACCGGCAAGUCAUCAGCAAGCCGUGUAAUCAUGGCGCUGCAGGCCGUGUGUGGGGUGCCGGUUAAAGCCCACCGCAAGCUAGGUGGUGUUGAAGACGACACUUUAGAAGAAUUGAAAACUGUUUCAUCGAUCUUUGAUAAUCAUUGCAGCCUACAAAUCCCCCGGAUCAAUGGACUUCAAAAUUUCAUGACUGAUGAGAAUGGCAAGGAAAUGAAAAUCCACUUUGCCCAUGGCACCACUACACUAGCAUUCAAGUACAAUGGAGGUGUCAUUGUGUGUGCUGACUCACGAGCCACCGGAGGAAACUACAUUGCCUCGCAAGAGGUGCGCAAGAUCAUCCCGAUCAAUGAGUACCUGCUGGGCACAAUGGCCGGCGGCGCCGCCGACUGCACCUACUGGGAGCGCGUGCUGGCCAAGCAGUGCCGCAUCUACGAGCUGCGCAACCGGGAACGGAUCAGCGUGGCGGCCGCCUCCAAGCUGCUCGCCAACAUGGUCUACAACUACAAGGGCAUGGGACUGUCCAUGGGCGUGAUGAUCGUCGGCUGGGACAAGCGGGGGCCGGGCCUGUACUACGUGGACACGGACGGCACGCGCACGCCCGGCCACCUGUUCUCGGUCGGCUCCGGGUCGCUGUUCGCGUACGGCGUGCUGGACGCCGGCUACCGGCCCGACCUGACCGACGAGGAGGCGUACGACCUGGGCCGGCGCGCCAUCUACCACGCCACCUUCCGCGACGCCGCCUCCGGAGGCAUCGUCCGAGUGUUCCACAUGAAGGAGACCGGCUGGGAGCGCAUCACGGAGGAGGACUGCAAGGAGCUGCACGAGCGCUACGCGGCCGAGAAGCCCGAGGCGUCGCGGCCCUCGGAGGAGAAGUACGGCGUGCUGUAGGCUAGCCGGCGGGCCCGGGUGCCGGGCCCCGGGCGCGUGACGCCGUCCGGACCCGGCCGUGGCAGGGCUCGCACCGCCGCCCCUCGUUCUGUGCAUCAAUACACUGCUGACGUGC